AUGGCCUCUGCAAGCGUUCACGUCGGCUCCAUUGACGCCAUUCCGGCCGGUGCUUCCCCGGGCCUCCUCUUCCUCAAGGAGCUGAUCCCGUCUUGGGACGCCCUCGGCAAGCCCCCAAAGCCCGUCCGUGAAUUCUUCAACAAUGAGACCACCUUUGUCACCAACUCCAACGACCCCACCCCGGCCGGCCAAGUGCUGCAGGGCCUGGUCAAGCGUGUCGAGAGGCUCGCCAAGUUCUCCCGCACCGUCACUGCCGCCUACGAUAUUGGCAAGGAGGACGGCACCCGCACCGUCAUCUUUGAGGCCAUCAACAGCAGAGUCCUCAAGAACGACCCCUCGGCCACCGAGGUCAAGGGCAAGGAGGUCACCAUCCUCGAGCUCAAGGCCGUUGACGGCAAGCUCGUCGCCGUCGAGGUUCGCACCACCCUCGAGAACCACGCCCUCAGCGUGCACCAGCGCAAGAUUGGUGGUGCCGGCAGUGCAUAA